AUGGCUGAAGCAAGUGUUUCAGCAGAGCAGUUCAGCUGUUCAGUGUGUCUGGAUUUGCUGAAGGAUCCAGUAGCCAUUCCCUGUGGACACAGUUACUGUAAGAAGUCCAUAGAGAAAAGAUGCUCUGAGGUCACACAGAUGAUCAGAGAUCGAGAAAAGAUUGUAGUGAGUCGAGCUGAAGGUCUCUUGAAAGAACUAGAGCAUGAAAUUGAUCAACUAAGGAGGAGUGAUGCUGAACUACAACAGCUUUCACAGACACAUAAUCACACUCAUUUCCUCCAGAGUUUCCCGUCUCUCCCUGUUCCUCCUGGAUCUCCAGAUGUUCCCAGCAUCACUGACAGUUCUUUGGAUGUUGUAGGAAAAUCAGUCUCUAAACUGAGACAGAAACUGGAGGAUUUCUGCAGAGAAGAGAUUGAAAAACUCUCUGGAAGAGUGACAUGCAUCCAGAUCAUUCCCACCCCAGAAUAUGAGAGCAGGAAAGACUUCCUACAGUAUUUCUGUCGAUUUACUCUGGAUCCAAACACAGUGCACAAACACCUCCGUCUUCCUGAGAGGAACAGAGUGGUGACUUACAGUAGAACACGACAAGAGUGUCCUGAUCACCCAGACAGAUUUAGUUUUUGGCCUCAGGUGUUGUGUAUUGAGAGCGUGCGUGAACGCUGCUACUGGGAGGUUGAAUGGAGUGGUGAUUAUUGUGUGUGUAUAUCAGUGUCUUAUCAGAGUAUAAGCAGAAAGGGAUGGGGUGAUAAGAGCAAAUUUGGAAGUAAUGAUCAGUCCUGGAGUUUAAUCUGCUCUCCUUCCAGUUACACAUUCUGUCAAAAUAACAAACAGACUGAACUCUCUGCAGUGGCAAGCUCCCGUAAAAUAGGAGUGUAUGUGGAUCACAAUAUCGGAAUUCUGUCCUUCUACAGCGUCUCUGGCAUAAUGACCCUCAUCCACAGAGUCCAGACCACAUUCACUCAGUCGCUCUAUCCUGGGUUUAGGUUUAUUUUUCCAUUUGUGUACAGAUUAUUUGGAUCAGCUGAAUAUCCAACAGUGAAACUGUGUGACAUAAAAUAG